CGAACAACACUGCAAACAUGGCAAAGGGAAGCGUGCUCCUCGCCUACUCUGGCGGCCUCGACACCUCGUGCAUCAUGGCCUGGCUCAUCGACGAGGGCUACGAUGUCAUUGGUUUCAUGGCCGACGUUGGACAGGAGGAGGACUUUGAGGCCGCUCGCAGCAAGGCGAUCAAGUGCGGCGCCAAGGACUUCAUCCUUGAGGACAUGAGGCGCGAGUUCAUCGAGGAGCUCAUCUUCCCCGCUGUCCAGGCCAAUGCCGUCUACGAGGACGUCUACCUGCUCGGUACCUCACUCGCGCGACCCGUCAUCGCCCGAGGCAUGAUGGCCGCCGCCGCCAAGACGGGCUGCGAGUACGUCUCGCACGGCUGCACGGGUAAGGGCAACGACCAGGUCCGAUUCGAGCUGGCCUUUUACGGCCUCAAGCCCGACAUCAAGGUCAUUGCACCCUGGAGGAUCCCUGAGUUCUACAACCGCUUCGCCGGACGUAGCGCCCUGCUCGAGUACGCCGCUUCCAAGGGCAUCCCCGUGACCCAGACCAAGAGCAAGCCCUGGUCGACUGACGAGAAUGCGGCCCACAUCAGCUACGAGGCCGGCGUGCUCGAGGACCCGGACCACACGCCGCCAAAGGAGAUGUGGAAGCUGACGACGGACCCGACGCAGGCACCGGACACACCCGAGGAAAUUCACAUCGAAUUCACAAAGGGCCUCCCCACAAAGGCGACCAUCGGUGGAAAGACCUACACCGACUCGGUGGAGCUGUUCCUGGCCGUCAACGACGUCGGAAGGAAGCACGGCGUGGGCAGGAUCGACAUCGUCGAGAACAGGCUCAUCGGACUGAAGUCGCGAGGCUGCUACGAGGCAUCGGGCCACCACAUUCUCCGCGCUGCCCACAUUGGCCUCGAGGGCCUGACCAUGGACCGAGAGGUGCGCCGAGUCCGCGAUGACCUCGGCAAGCGCUACUCUGAGCUUCUUUACUACGGCUACUUCUACUCGCCAGAGUGCAACUACGUCAGGUCCUGCAUCGUUCCCUCGCAGGUGACCGUCAACGGCCAGGUGCGCCUGUCGCUGUACAAGGGCAACGCCAUGAUCAUUGGCCGUUCCUCGCCCGAGACGCUGUACAAUGCUGAGCUGGCGUCGAUGGACACCAACGAAGGCUUCAGCCCCGAGGCAACGAGCGGCUUCAUCGAGACGAGCGCCAUUCGGAUGAAGAGCUACGGCCUUUCGCAGACCAAGAAGGGCCUCGGCGGCGUCGACAGGAAGAGCGCCUACGCGCUCAACAAGUGAUCGUCUCUCCUUCCAGCCCGCACUCUUGUCCAAGAAAGCAAAAGAUAGUGAUGGUUAAAAGCACAAGGUGAAAUUAUAGAGAGUGUUCUUGCUUCAUUCGGCCGUUUGAGCCUCUUUGGCCUGCUCCUGCUGCCCACCCUUUUCCUGUUCCUUCUCCUGCUCCUGUUCCUUCUCCUUUUGUGCCGCCUUUUGUCGUUCGGCCUCCUCUAUUCUCUCCUUCUCUAUCCUCUGCCUUUUCCCCUCCUCCCUCUUCUCCUUUUCCUUUCUCUCUUCCUCCUCCUUCUUUCUCUGCUCUUCCUUUCUCUUUCUCUCUUCCUCUUCCCGCCUGUUCU